AUGAAUAACCGUGUUGAUCUGGUGGACAAAAUCACUCCGUGGAGAGAAUCAUGGAAAGUGCAUGUUAAAGUUGUGAAGUUGUGGUACCACAAGAAUCCUGCUUUGGAUCUUUCUCAAAAUCUGUUGCAUAUGGUCUUAAUGGAUGAGAAGUUAAACAAGAUCCAGGCCACCAUUAGAGAUCAGCUUAUAUCAAAAUUUGCCUUGUCUCUAAAUGAAGGGGAUGUGUACUUGAUGACCCAUUUUACAGUUGUACCGAACACCGGUUUGAACAGAGUGAUAAAACAUCGGUUCAGACUUUUGUUCCAAUACAACACCUCUGUUGUUUCUGUGGUAUCUCCAAGGAUACCUCAUUUGGGUCUAUGUUUAGCAUCAAUGGAUGAAAUUGAUCAAAUGACAAAGGACCAUAAUUUCCUCAUUGAUUUUGUUGGGAUUAUUACUGGUGUUCGAAAAGAAAGAGAUGUGGCAUCAGAUGGAAAACUGGUCAAAGCAGUGGUGCUAGAAGUCUUUGCUGAUGGGUUAUUCAAUAAUCCUGACAUUCCUGAGUCUGUUGAGUUCCUAAGCAGAUUUAGUGUAGCCAGUUAUGGAUUCUCAAGACUUGUGACCAAUGACCUUGGAUACUUAGUUUCUAAAGUUGAUGGUGAUUAUUUCAAUCCCAAAGAGAUCAGUAAUAUUCAAGAUCUUCAUUCAGAUAAUGGGGAUUCUCAUUACUUGGUUAUUGGGACAAUUAAGGAAGUUAUGAAUAAACCAGAUUGGUGGUACUACACGUGUGUGUGGUCAUGCCGUUGUUGA